CUGUGUUUAAUCAUAUGAAUGAAAAUCUAGGUACAUUUUACUCUAAAUUUGACAAGGUAGAAGAUGAAACAAGUACUCCCUCUGGCCACAAAUAUAAGCAAAACUGUACUUUUCAGAUUCAUUGAAUAACUGAUGUAUUUGGUCUGUAUCAUGGUCUAGACCAGAUACAUCAGUUAUCCGAUGAAUCUGAAAAGUGCAAUUUUGCGUAUAAUUGUGGCCGGAGGGAGUAUAUAUCUGCAUGCAAUUCUUUUGUUUUUGAUAUGUUGAUGUUGUUAGUUUUUUGUAUUAAUGUUUCUGUUUUUCUCUAUCUUGUGUGCUGAAAAUGAGGUCACUCUAUCUCCUUUUGCUGGUUUUUCUCUCUGAGUAAGGGACUGAGAUGCACUUGAUUAUGGAUACAAUAAAAUUUUCACUGCUAAAGCAUGAAACAAAACAUUGAUCUUGAAGUAGAAGCUUAUGCAGAAUAUGAAUCUGAUAUUACAAGCCAAGUUGCUUCUAAUGUAUCAACUCAAGAAACCUCUUCCAACAUAUCAAAUCCAAUAGGGAUUAAUCUUAAUCAUCCUAAUUUAGAUGAUAAUGAUAUAUCUCUUGACUUAACUCUCAACUUCAAGAACAAUGAGUUAAGGGAUUCAAAUUCAAUAGGAUUCUCGAUCUCAAGCACUUCUGAGAGCAGCAAUGAACCUGCAUCAGCAACAAUUCAAAGAGUUUUCUCAUGCAAUUACUGUCAGAGAAAGUUUUUCAGCUCACAAGCUCUUGGUGGACACCAAAAUGCACACAAAAGAGAAAGAACAUUAGCAAAAAGAGCUAUGAGAAUGGGAAUUUUUUCUGAUAGGUAUAAUGCUAGUUUAGCAUCUCUACCUUUACAUGGAUCUUUUAGAUCAUUAGGGAUAAAAGCACACUCUUCAAUGCACUAUGGUUACUCAGUACCAACAACAAUUCGGCCUCAUAAUCAUCAUGAGACGAAAAACAAUACGAAAUUCGAACAAGGGUGUGUUGGUUUUCCAAUAUUCUUGGAAGAUGAGGAGUCAGAGUUGUUAUGGCCUGGUAGUUUUCGACAGGCGUCCGAGGCAGGUGAUGAUGGACAACAGAAUUUCAUACUCACUGAGAUGAAUCCAUCUGUAGACAGAGAAAAAUCUACACCUGAUUUGACAUUGAAACUUUGAAGAUUUGGCUUUGAAAUGAGUUUUCAGCAUUAAUAUUAUUUUACUUUUGUAUAGUAAGACUUGUAUGAAAAUUGGUUACUACUACACUUGUUGGUUUUUCUAUUAGGAGUCUUUGUUUUGGUAUUUUGUUAUGUGUGUUUCUCAUUGUAUAA